GAUAAAAUCUCGCGUGUUAGGUGCAUUGUUGUAAGUAAACAUAUCCGGUGGACAGGGCUGCCGCGGUGCGUUCGUGAUCUAGCAAAUCGCGCUAGAUGCUGUAAUCGGCGUAAUUUUAUACUACCACCGUUCGCAGUCAAUGAAAUGAGUGUGUGAAAUUAACCGGCUCAUUGGCUGACUGGAUGAAGUAUUCGAAAUAGUCAGUGAUACGUGCAGUAUUUCCACCAGCAGUGUUAGCAAACUAAAAUAGGCGGUAGUUUGGCCGUGUUCUGUGAAAUUUGGAAGGAGAGUGAAAUCAAGACAAAUGUUAGUUGCUCACUUCCCGGAUCGUAAAAAGUGUAUCUAAUUGAUUUGUGAAUAAAUAAUAGUUGAUUGGCACGUUUCCAAGCCGGCUUUUCUGUCGUUUCCGAAAGCGUGAAAAACAUCUGAAUUGUGUGUGUUGCUUGCUAAGCUUUGUGAUAUGCCUUUUCCUGAGCUAGUCCGAUGGAUGGCGAUUGAGUGAAUUUUAUCAUUCAGGUCUUCGCUGUAUGUACAAGCAUAAAUUCAGCAGCCAGUUAUAUUCUAUAUUUACUGUGCCCGAUUUCCAGCCGUGCUCGUGGAGAACGACGUGAAGUGUACAGAAGCUAUUAAAAAUUCAUCAGUUUGCUUCGAGAGGAUUAAGAUCCUACUUCAAACGUGGAAGUGAGUAUUUCCAAGUGAGGCUACACAUCGGCCGGCUGAAAGUGUUUGGCAUAGAGAAGUGUUCCUUGUUACUUUUGCCUGGGGCAUCGACAAAUCGAAAGCAGGUACCUAUCAAUAAUUUGCUGCACGUGCGUUCACGAGUGUUUUAUUGCAUUCUGAAGUGGUAAAUUGUGUAUUUAGGAUUUCGGUUCCGAAGCAUUUUCAUAUCCACAGACCGAAAGGCGCUUGCCGCGCGAAAAGAGGGAUUAGUGCCGCAUCUUUCGAUAGCAAAUUGACAAAUCUACUGUUUCCGCUUGACCGCCCGGAGAUGGACAUAAGAAGCUUCAUCAAGAUUUCGGCUGUAUUAUUCGUGCUGGCAGUCGGUCCUUCGGCGACAAUCGUGUACGCCCGUAGAUGCUACGUUUGCGGCGAGGGAGCGGAGGCUCCCUUUCGGACAGCUUUAAACGUCGUGGCUGCCGACGGUUCAUCACAUCAUCGCAACCCGCCCGUGGGUGGCAGCUUGCCCAACAUAGUGACCACCUGCGAGGACUUUGAGCGAGAUCAAGACGAACUGGACAAGUAUGUGCUGGACUGUCCGCCGACCUACACCAGCUGUCUUACCCAGGUUGAUGGUGACAUGGAGCUAAGAACGUGCGGCGAAAAUCUGUCCAUAAACGACUGUAAGAGCGCCAAUAAGAUUGACUACUGCUACUGCAGCGAGGAUCUGUGCAACAGCCUGAAGCGGACGCAGAUCCGGCGAGAAAUUGAAGACUCCCAAAUGGGCAUCCAGUCCCAGCAUCUGCAUCAGCGUGAGCCACACAACAGCGACGACGAAGACGAAUCCGAAUCAUCCGGAAUGGGCGAUUCCCACGAAAAGCACCACCGGACGGGUAUCUCCGUUACAAGCCACAACAAUGUUAAUAAUCAUCAUCACCAAUUAGACAGAGAUUUGGCAACGACGCAGAUCGUAAUGACGUUGAAACCGAUUCCGACCACCGAGCGGCGGAACAACGGUCAUGGUCAGAACGAUUCGGCGCCGGUCACUGGCGGCAGUGAUAGCAAUUUGCGAUGGUCACCGGAUCGAAGAAUGGGUAAUUUGCUGCUGCUGUUUGCACUGCUAGUGGUAGUUGGUCGAGGGCUGAAUCAGCGGUUUAUCUCGUCCUGGGGAUACGGGAAGCAGGUUUAAUUAGUUGGUUUCUCAAUUCUACUUUGGCGUGAUUUUAGGGAGAAAAUUGGAUGGGUGCGAUUGUGGAACUCAUAGUUCGAAGAAGAAAAAAUGCAGAAUCUCAUUUUACAUAAUCAAUGCAAGGCAACAGCAGCUCGUAUAUCAACCAGGCAUGUUCAGAAUUUUGUGAACAAACAAACAGUAUUUAGCAG